UUUGUAACGAUCGAAAAUCGUUCCUAUCAAACUUAUUAAAUGGUCGUUACCGUCAGCUCCCCGAAAUUUGAAUUACCGCGGGUCAUGUAGCGUCUUGCCGCUAGGUGACGCAAGCGAACGGUUUGACUGCAGACGACAAAACCACGUUUUUGUCGUGAGCCGGAAAAUAAAGAAAAAGCAGAGCGAAGCGUGCUACCGUCGAAUAGACAUAUAUUGUAUAUACCGCGGUUUAACUUAUACUAUUGUAUCCAUUUGAGUAUUUUAUAAAUAAAUUCUUUAUAUUGUGAAAUAAUUUUAAUUGUGUGUGUCAUAAUUAUUACAUAGAAAUCAGCUGGAGAACUCGUUGGAUUACUUAUUGCCGAUUAUUAAUCAUCUCCGAUUACGGUCAUCAUGUCGACUCCAACCAGCUCAUAUGUCAGUAGCAUCAAUACCACGGAAAUACCAAUACUGUGCCUAAGCGAGGCUCCAGAUUCUUCUCAAUUUGGAGAUUCAUCAUGGGACGUCUCUGUAGAGACCUCAGGCUUGGUAGCCAUGAAGCGGGAACAGUUUGAAGGUCUACUCACAAACCAACGUACUCUAGCUGAGAAAGUCGCGGAACAGGCCGAAACAAUUAAGCUUUUGCGCCAGCAGAUCGACACCGAUAAGGUCACGCGGAAGCCAAGUAACACACCGAGUGACAUCACUGAUCUCUACAAACAAUUGUUAGACACAAUCCACAAAGAGCGAGAAGCCUCUAACUCCUUAGUGACAGCCCAGAAUGAGUUGGCCCGUUGCAAAGCUGAUAAUAAAUCUUUGAAGGCUGAACUCGAAUCAUAUGAUUAUGACUACAAUAGUUUAACUAAAGACUACACUGCGUUGGAAAAGCUCCACAAGAAAAUUAAAGAGCUCUUCACCGCAAAAAUGACGGAAGUAUUCCUUGCCCAGGCAGAACUACGGGAACCGAGAUUACGCCCGAAAGCAUCUGAGGGAUGCUUAAAUUGCGGUCAAUCAGGACACAGUUUUAGGCUUUGUAAGCAACCAUACACGGGAAGAUACUGCCAGAAAUGUGCCAUCGAAGGAUUUUCCACUGCUGACUGCCCAUGGCCCCAUUACGCCAUGGUCAAAUACCAAGUGCCAGAAUGUAAUCGAUGCAAACAUUGCUGGAGACCGCGUAACUUACCAGACGCUAACUGCUACGAGUGCCGGAGGCGAAUGAUUGCAUCAAACAUCUACUCGCGAAACAAAGCAAUCCAGCAGCAAGAGAGACAACCAGUCUCCACAGUCCGUGAUAGGCCACAACCAUCCACUAAUCAAGGUGCUAUCCAAAAACAAAAUACGCCACCAGCUCCGUCCAAGGAACAGCUUAAUCCAAAAACCGCGGAUCCAAAACUGUCAGACAAAUUGGAUAUUCCACUUACACCAAAGACGCUUAAGGCUGGGAUCUUUGCUGAGAAUGUCCCGGAGGAAUCUCCAAGGUCAGCGAUAUCUCCACUAGACUCUGACGAUAACAACGCGGAAUUCUGGGGAACGCUUUCCGAAGCUAUCAACAUUGGCAUCGAAUCAGAAACGGAGUGAUAGACAUAUCACCCUAUACCAAAUUUUAUUUUCUUACUUUUCGUUAACAAUUUCCGACAAAACGAUCUCGUUAACUUUAUUAUUAUUUUUAUUUUCGCGCCGUUGCGCCUAUUGAUAAUUUAGAUUUUCUAUUAUUAAAAACAUUAUUCCGCGCCGUUGCGCUACAGAAUCUUUCUUAGUUACAAGUUAAUUGUUACUUCUAUCAAAAAAAAAUUAUUUCUGUUACAAAGAAAAAAUAAUUAUUUAAUUUUUUACCUUCGUACUAUUCAGUAAUUAUUAGUUGUACUUAAAUAAUGUGUUCUUUUCCUCACUAUCACUAAAUAAAUAAAUAAAGUGAGAUAAUUCGUCUCUGUCAUUCUUAUUGUUCUUUUCUCGGCGUCGUCAUGCACACACAAUUAAACCCGUCUCAUAAAACCCUAAUGCGUAUGGCAGCUGUGAACGAUCUUUCCAAUAUAUUUUUAUUACCUUUAUUUCGUUAAAAAUAUUCAAUUUAUUCUUUUGACUAUUAACUUUACCUAACAGGCAAGUAAAUGUUGGAUGGAGUCGUCGUUCGGGAGAGAUGAUCGACCGAACACUGGAGCUGCCAGUAACGACAAUUCAGAAGGGGGGAGUUGUAACGAUCGAAAAUCGUUCCUAUCAAACUUAUUAAAUGGUCGUUACCGUCAGCUCCCCGAAAUUUGAAUUACCGCGGGUCAUGUAGCGUCUUGCCGCUAGGUGACGCAAGCGAACGGUUUGACUGCAGACGACAAAACCACGUUUUUGUCGUGAGCCGGAAAAUAAAGAAAAAGCAGAGCGAAGCGUGCUACCGUCGAAUAGACAUAUAUUGUAUAU